AUGGUGGAUGAACUGCCCGACCCUGUUCAUGCAGGGAAUUCGACCAAGGUGAUCAUUCUCCAGGAGGCUUACGAGGAUAGAUUACUAAAAUAUCGAUUUGCCCUGAUUGGCAGAAUCAAUUUUCGUUUUCUUUCCCUGGAUGAUGUUCGCAGAGAAGCCCGUGACUCUUGGAAACUGAAAGGUAAAGUGAAGAUGAUACCCAUGGGUAAGGGCUUCACGAUCUUCCAAUUUGAGUCUGAGCAUGACAUGGCCCAGAUGUGGAAGCGAAGCCCUGUGAAGAUUGGAGGUCAACUCGUUCGGUUUCAAAGAUGGCGUCCAGAUUUUAGCAUCCAUGAAAAAUUGAUCAAUAAGGUCCUGGUUUGGGUGCGAUUUCCAGAUCUUCCUCUGGAAUAUUGGCAUGAAAAGGUAUUAUUGACAAUGGCCAAGGCAGUAGGGAGGCCAGUUGGUUUCGAUCAACGCACCAAGAGCGUUAUAUACGGAAAUUAUGCUCGUGUUCUGGUGGAGAUGGAAGUGGGGGUUCCAAGGCUGGAGGAAAUCCAAGUGGAACGUAAACAGCCUGGGACUCAAAUUUUGUUCUGGUUCAAGCAGCAGUUGAUAUACGAGGAUUCAUUGGGCAAAUGCGGUUUCUGCAAAAAACUGGGGCACCAAGUUCACGCCUGCCGAGAAAAGAAGGCCUAUGACGAGCGGCAGAAUGCUCGAGCCAAUGCAGAGAUACCAGGGGCGGUGUAUGAAGAAGAUAGAGUCAACUUGGGAACGAGUAACUCACCGGUUUGCAUCAACACUUCUUUGGAAAGAAGGGAUCACGAUCUUGUGAUUUCAAAUUCAAAACGUGUGAACACUGAUGGAGAGGGGGAGAUUUUUAAUAAGGAAGCUCAUGAUAGUGAGGAAAUACAGUCUGAAUCUUCUGAUUCAGAUAAGGAGGCGUUAUUUUCUGAUGAUGAGGUGGGCCGGUCGGAUGAGGAGUCUUCCUCUGAAUCUGGGCAGGAAUCAGACCGGGAUAUGGUUAAGGAAGGAGAACCGAACCAGUUGGGUUCAGUUUUAAUCACUGGACCGUUGGAGCUUUAG